CAAAGACAAGCCUCUGCUAGGAAAAAGUCCAAUAGGUAACCAUGGCAACGGUUAUUACAGGCCAGUGACCUUUGCCUGAUACGGUGAUACAUUAUUGAUAACUGAUGACGUGUGUCAUUGGGUGUGACGGAGCAGUACAAAAACACGUAACAGCUCGUGCUAGGCACAUUCUUGAAGUAGACACAGAACCGACGACAACGUCUUUUCGCCUCCGUGACGUUUCAGGAGAUUGCCAGAACAAAAAUUGAGGAUGGCGCUACCGUCCCCAAUUACCUUAACUCUGGGCGUGGCCGUCGUCCUGACGUCACUCCCGGCCCCAACCCAGUCCUGUAGCGUCGUCAACUGGCAGGCCAUGUCCUUCCCAGAGCAGGUAGUGGCAGCACAGAUUGCAGUACAUGCCAGGGUCAUGGACAAACUCAAUGAUGGCUUGGUCCCAGAUUGUCCUAGCUGUGGGCGUAGCCCUGACCUCACUCCCUGCCCUCGUCCUGUCCUGUAAAGUGGUGGACUGGCAGCCCAUGUCGUUCCCAGAGCAGGUAGCGGCAGCACAGAUCGUGGUUCAUGCCAGGGUGUUGGAUAAAGUCAAUGGUACUUAUGGCCACUGGCCGUAUGCCUACCGAGGAGUGCUGAGGGUGUACUGUGUGUUUAAGGGCGGCCCACUGCCAGCCAGCAUCACUGUGGAUGAGAUGGGACGACUGACGUCAUGUCACCACACAAAAGUUGACAUCGGUGAAGACUACAUCCUCCUGUUGAAGCGCGACGGCGGCAUGUUCCUACCCGACGAGGUGAACUACCUCUCCGUGGCCUUCCCGGCCGACCAGGACCACUUCGACCAGGUGAGUCGGACGUGCAGCCUCUCCAACUUUACCUCACUGGCAUCAACCGACCCUGCCUCCCAGCCCGGGUGUGUUGUGAACAGGACAGAGACCGGGUCAUCUGCAUGUUUGGGAAGUUCCAGUGCUUCUCAUCGGCAGUCCUACAGUCUCUUAGCAGUGGUUUUUGCAGUGUUCACUUUUGUUCAAGCCCUGUUGGUAUGAGACUGUGUGAAUUUCAAGAAACAGUUUUGAAAGAAAGUGGAACUAGACUUACUAUCGUAUACCCAUAGAUAGGAAGUUAUGUAAUCAUUGUUGUUCUGUUUUGUAAUAAUGAUAUGUUUGUCUGGUUGUGUGGUUUGAUGUACUCAGGGUCUCCUGAAAAACAGGGCUUUUGUCCUGAGCGUGUAUAUAAUAAAUAAGAAUGAAUUAAAUGAAACUUAGGAAUUUCAAGAAACAAGUUCGAAAGAAAGUGGUACUGGACUGUCAGAACAGUCUUUGACCAGAUGUCUGAAACAGGCAGAGUCAUAUAUGGCCCUGAUCAAUCAAGACCAUUGUAGACCCGUAUCAAAUUCAGCCCUAUACGCCAUAAGCUGUGACUCUGUCACAUAGGGCACAUCUUUUAGCUGAUUACGGUCUGUUGCAAGGGAAUUAAGAAUUGUACAAGUAUCUCUGUCACUGUUUUUUCUUUCUUUCUUUCAAUCAUCCAAAUCCUGUCAGAGAUACAACAUAAAAUUUCUCUGUGCCAGACCAACUGCUGUAUAUCUCAGCCACAUCAAAGAAAAAUAGAAUCACCAACUCCUGUGUUUUCUCCAGUCUGUUACUUUAUUUUGGCUUCACCGAUGGAGGAAAAAUAUAUUAUGUAUAAUCGUGAUAUUACCUCUCGUCAAAGAUGGCAGCAUUAGGAAGAAAGAUAACUAUGCAAAACGAUGAUUUAAUCAUUAUAUUUUCAUGUUGUUUAUACUUUUAUAUGUACAAAGAAUGCAUACAUGUACAUGUAUGUACCAUUUAAGCGUAGACACUUCUUCUGGAACCCGGAAGACAAGCGAAAAUUUUCAACACCAUAUAGUAGACAGUAGAAGCCGGUUAAUUGCACAACGGAUUAACACACACUUCUGUUGACUGCACAGAAUCCCCAAAUCCCAAACCGGUGCGGUCCAGCUGGAUACCUUCGCAUUAUUGCACCAGCCGAAUAAUUGCACAAAAUAUGCUGGCAAAUAGGCUGUGCAAUUAAACGGCUUCUACUGUAACAUGUACACUAUACACAGACAAGUGCGGGCUAUAGGCGUAUCUGAAAUACAACUCCAAUUUUACCCGUACUACUUAUGCAAGUGGUAUUGCAACCCAUGUACAUGUACAUUUUAUGUACAGGGAAGAGCAUAAGGCAAGCUUAUCAUGACUAAUAAAAGCUUCACAAUCAUUUGGUUUUCUUUUUCACUAUCACCUGUAAUAUCUACAAGCAUGGCAAAGAAAUUGCUAGUGCUACAUGUUAUUUAGUGUCUAUCAGACAAAUUUUACAAUCCAACCAGUCCAUUAUAAACGACCACUCAAGGGACACUAGUACAGGUGGUCCUUAUAUAGAGGUUGCUCUAUAUACAAAUGGCCAGGUGGCCCUUAUGUACGGGUGGUCACUAGUACAGGUUUGACUGUAUAUCAAUUUCCAGGUGGCAUGGUCCUUAUGUAGAGGUGGUCACUUGUACAGGUUGGACUGUAUUAUAUCAAUGGCCAGGUGGCCCUUAUGUAGAGGUCGCUAGUAGAGGUUGCACAAUAUAU